UGCCGAGUUGUUCAAAGAUGAUACUGGAACCUUGCCUUCCCCUGGCUGCUUCAAAGGCAGACGGUGUCUCCUGUCAAUGAGGAGGAUGAUACCUUUUCAACAAGAUCUGUGUGGCUGAACUGGGAGACGCCAAGAGAGAAGGGUGGGGAUAGAACCUGUUCUCUGGAGUAUGAUUUGGAUGCUAGGUGCCCAAGGCGGUGCUUUCCCUCAAGCACAGACUCGGAGCUCUGGCUGAGGUGAUGCUGGUGGUCAUGGGAUCUUGACCCUUCCUUCCAGAGCUUCAGGAAUUUCAUCUCUAGUGAGGCAAACCGGAAGCCAAGCCCAUGGGCCUGUCUUUACUGUCUGUCCGAUGAGAGUCUAUGCUAAGUCAGUGUUACUGUCACACUGGCUCUUUCUGGCCUAUGUGUUAAUGGUGUGCUGUAAGCUGAUGUCCGCCUCGAGCCAGCACCUCCGGGGACACGCAGGUCACCACCAAAUCAAGCAAGGGACCUGUGAGGUGGUCGCUGUGCACAGGUGCUGUAAUAAGAACCGCAUAGAAGAGCGAUCGCAAACAGUCAAGUGUUCCUGCUUCCCAGGACAGGUUGCUGGCACAACUCGGGCUCAGCCUUCUUGCGUUGAAGCUUCCAUCGUGAUUCAGAAGUGGUGGUGCCACAUGAAUCCUUGCUUGGAAGGAGAGGAUUGUAAAGUGCUGCCAGAUUACUCAGGUAACACGGUAGCAAAGACAGAUGUGCUUAACGUGGGAGGAGCGACAGGAUGCAGAAGUCUCCUAUUUGGAUUACCAUCCUGGCUGGUUUGUGGAAAAUCGUCUUGGAUUUCAGCAACAUCACAUUUGUAUAAGUAUGCUGUACGGAGUGUCAUUCACUUAACUGUCCCAGCCCUCUCGGCUUCAUGAUUUUAUUACAUUGAAUUAUAGCCACGGGCUGCCACACAAUUCACAUCCUAUCUGGAUCCCAAGGACCAAACCUCCAAGAAACCCUGGAGGAACAAAGCAGAGACUUCAAAGUGGAUCUUCACUGGGUCUUCUGUUUCUUUCUGCCUUCACAAAGGAGCGUGGACCGGUUCACAGGGUUCUUAUUCCUGUCUUCUUUUGAACUUUUCCUUUAGUCCUUGCAUUAAAGUGGUUUCAAAGGGG